CUGAGGUCGUCCCAGUGUGCGACGUGUUUCGGAUUACAAUCAUGGCCAAAUUGGCGGCGGUUGCAUGUGUCCUUGCCUUCCUGGCGUGCAUGCUAGGCACAACCCAAGCCGUGAUCUUUCAAGUGCGCGCAUCUGCGACCAAGUGCUUAACCACGGACGUGGACGAAGGGUCGUUGGUGAUUACGCAGUACCAGGUCCUGGGCAGUGUGCGCGGCAAGACGGGGGUCCAAUUCUGGCUCGAAGACCCGCAGAAGAAGCAGCUGUCGUCGGACGCAGACAUCGAUACCGCCAAAGACGAGUCCCACGAGUUCACGUUCACGGCCAAGAGCUACGGGACAUACGCGGUGUGCUUUGCCAACUCGAACGCGGUGUCGGUCCAAAUCGCGUUUGAGUUCAAGCACGGUGUUGAAGCGAUCGACUACUCGGACGUGGCCAAGCGCGAGCAUCUCAUGCCUGUGGAGAAGGAGCUGCGCAAGCUGGAAGACACUGUGGCGGAGAUUCACCGCGAGAUGCUGUACGUCCGCGACCGCGAAGCGUCCAUGCGCGACACGAACGAGUCCACCAACUCCCGCGUGACGUACCUGAAUGCGAUGACCAUUGCCGUGCUCCUCAGCGUUGGCGUGUGGCAAAUUAUCUAUCUCAAGAGCUUCUUCAAGUCCAAGAAACUCAUCUAA